CCCAUCCUACAGAACAUAAAAAAAGACUUCCAGCUCUUGAUGCCGUAGUGACGCCAGAUGAUGUUCGGUAUUUUACAAGUGAGACUGAUGACAUUUCCAACUUGGAGGCAAGUGUCCAAGAAAACCCUUGUGAUGUACAGCUUUGGAUUAAACUUGCAUACAAAUACUUGAAUCAAAAUGAAGGCUCAUCAUCUGAGUGUUUAGAUUCUACUUUAAAUGUUUUGGCUCGAGCCCUUGAGAACAACAAAGAAAAUCCUGAAAUUUGGUGUCAUUACCUCAGACUCUUCUCAAAAAGAGGCACCAAGGAGGAGAUACAGGAAAUGUGUGAAACAGCAGUGGAAUAUGCUCCCUCUUAUCAAAUCUGGUGGACAUUUUUGAAUUUGGAGAAUUCCUUUGAUGGAAAAGACUAUGUUUGUGGGAGGAUGCUACAGUUCCUAAUGGAAGUGACAGGGAGAGAAGAAAAUCCAAAUCUCGUGUCCUUUCAGCUGCUGGAGACUCUUCUAUACAGGGUUCACUUAAGCCUGUUUACAGGAAGACAUCAGAAUGCUCUUGUUCUGCUGCAGAAUGCUUUGAAAUCAGCAAAUGAAAAGAUAAUAUCAGAACGCCUUACUGCGAGUGACCGUUGCUUGGCUUGGCUGGCUUACAUACAUCUAACUGAAUUUGGCAUUCUCCCUGUCAAGUUCUAUGAUCCAGCUAAUGUCAGUCCUUCAAGGAUUAUGAACAAAGAGCCAUUUUUAAUACCAUGGCAAACAGUUCAAGAUGUGAAGACGGAUCCUGAUAUGCUGUUAGCUAUGUUUGAAGAUGCGGUCAAAACAUGUACUGAUGAAAACCUUGAGGCUGAGAAAAGAAUAGCUAUCUGCUUUCCUCUCUACAGAAACAUGAUAGCUUUGCUGAAACUUCUAGAAAGAUGGGAGUCUGCUGCAGAACUUUGCAGGUCUUUAUUGGAGCUCUGUCCUAACAACUGUCAGCUCUUGGAGAGUUUGGCCACCUUGUAUUUGCAGAUCGAGCAGAGUGACAAUGCCUACAAAGUGUGGAUUGAAGCUUUUGAGAAAAAUCGUCAGAAUGCAGAAAUCUUUUAUCAGUUGUGUAAAUUCCUUGUUUCGCAGGAAAGAUCAAAUAGUAUUCUUCCAUUGUUGCAAGAUUUUGUGGCAGCUUUCUUUGAAAAUACAUGCCAACAGCAUGGUCCCAUGGAUCUCUUAAGAUAUCUCUUGAAUUUUCCCAUGCCAAUUGAAUUUACAUCACCUCUCUAUAAAGAACAUCUUACAGAUGAUGUUGUAAACCAGCAAAUCCCAUACCUGUGGCAGAUCUACUGUUUGUGCCAGUCUCUUCACGGAAGUGUUGGUGAAGCACUGGAUGCUUAUGAAGCAGCUCUGGGGGCAGUGAUGCAGCAGGAAACUGUUCAGAACAUCUGGCUGGAUUACCUUGUUUUUAUCAAUAGCAAAGUUGUUGGAUCCAACAACAAAGUUCAAGAAUUCAAGCUUUUUACUGACCUAGUGAACAGAUGUCUGGUUACAGUCCCCACACGAUACCCAAUUCCUUUUAGUGCUGCUGAUUAUUGGACCAAUUAUGAGUUUCAUAAUAAGGUAAUUCUUUUUUAUUUGAGCUGCAUUCCAAAAUCUCAACAUUCCAAAACCUUGGAGCGGUUUUGUUCUACCAUGCCUGCUAAUCCUGGACUUGCACUGAGACUGCUUCUGCGAUACUGGGAGGAGAGCAAUGUUCAAAUUCUGAAACUGCAAGCCAAGAUGUUUACAUAUAAUAUCCCAACAUGCCUGGCCAUCUGGAAAAUAGCCAUUGCUGCCGAAUGCUUUCUAAUGGGACAAAGAGAAGUCCAUCAUUUAUAUCAGAGAGCCCUUCAGAAGUUACCUCUGUGUGCAACACUGUGGAAAGAUCAACUCUUGUUUGAAGCAUCAGGAGGAGGUAAAACUGAUAACCUGAGAAAACUAGUUUCCAAGUGCCAAGAGGUUGGAGUCAGCCUAGAUGAGCUUUUAAAUUUAAACACUUACAGAACAGAAAGCAAGAAUCACUGAACGCUGGGUACGGUCAGCCCUAAGUCCUAUUAAAUGCCAAAAUCAGAUUCUUCAGGCUGAUCCGUGCCUAAGAUCUGUGUAAGGCAGAUGAGUAUUGCUGAGCAUAUCAAGUCUCCAAUCUGCUUUCCUUGAACCUGGAAACAAUUAACGUGACCCUCCUCUGGAAAAAUGAACUCCCUGUCUGGCCUUGCUUCUGGGCCCUGCCAGAUUCUCAUAACGUCAUGUACGUAAGUAUAGUUAAUCAAAAUGACAGACAUUAUUUUUUUAUGUUUUCUUUUUAUUUUUUGUUUUCUUUGUUUUGCUGUUCCUGAUUCACUUGACACUCUCGCUGAUGCCUGAGAGAUCUGUGUUUGGGAUUAAUUUACUGGGCUGUGUUUACAGUAAAAAGCAAGUAGUCCAUUUUGGGUUUUUCCUAUUUUAAACCUUUUUUGAGACUUUUUCAUUACAGGAUUUAAAACAAAAGCAGCCGCUCUUAAGGAAAGUGUAACUGCCGUGGCCACAAGUAUGCUUCUUGCACUUGAAGGCUCUAAGAGGGUUGCUUACUGCCCUUUUCUGCAUUGGACUCACGGCAGAGACUAUUAAACUUGAAGAUUAAGGAAACUAUUGCAAAUGCCAGUGCAUCAGAACCUAAGAGUGGUCAAUUAUGUGCAAUUUUUUGUAAAGAAAUUUUAAUUUAUAAUAAAGUUUAACAGUUUAAAGA